AUAACUCUUAUCAAAGAAAAUUAAAAGGAGACAUUACUCAGCUUGUAGAAUAAUAGAUUUAACCAUAAAGAUGGUCUCAAUACUGCUACCUCUAGAGAGCUCUCUCUACAAGUCAGAUCUGCUCAACUGAAUUCAUUAUGCGACAUGUCGUGAAAACGAUAUACAACAGCAGUUUCAGAUUUUUAAUCUAGCUCAAUUCCAUUGCUGUUAGAGGUUAUUAAAUGAUGCCUCCCAAAGGAAUGCCACUGAACUCAGUGAUUUUUGUUCAGAAUGAAGCAACCGCACUGUAACGAUUAUGAUCAAUGACUAAGAGUUUGUGACAAGGCUCAUAACUCUAGAUAUUAUCUAAAAAUCGUGUUUAUUAAAAAUAAAGAGAGUAGAGGUAAGGAAAAAUUAAGUUUAUGAAAUUUUCGCUAUAGAUAUUUGAGAAGUACUGCUCUAAGAGAUAGGGAGAAAGGUCUGGGAAAGGAAAAAUAUCGAUAAAAUUGAGAAAAAACAAAGAUUGUAAGGGAUAAGUAUAGAGUUCAGUAGGAUUGCUGUGUUCACAUAUACAACUGCUACAAGAUUUGUGGAUAAUUUUGGAAAGAUUCUUAUAUAGCCAUAAUUCCGGAGCCAAAAUGUCGAUUGAUUUUUUUUUUUUCCAUAGUGAGGGAAAAAUCAAUAGUCGUCUAGGUAAGUGGAGAAAAACUGCACCAGGGAAAUGCGAGCAAGAAAACAUUCACUUUCAUCUCUUCCUUCUUAGUCACUAUUUCCGAGGAGCCAAAUCGCUUCACAGAUCAGAAGAUGCAACAGGAGGAAAUCAGCCAGUCUAGAACUACCCAACCUUAAAUCACAAUCUAAUCUCAGAGGAUGAGCUGCCACCAUUCUUCCUGCAUCGUUGUUACAAAUGGAUGUACAAGUUGGGUAUACGGGCAAGCCAUAUCUAGGGCUCCCCUCCCUCCACUUAAUUUAAAAGGAUGAAAAGGCAGACCUGGUCAUUCGCUCCCGCCCUGGACCUCGGCAAGGGCAGCGGAGAGAGGAGACCCCAGCCCAGUCUAAGGUGCAGCCUCGCCAGCUCCCCGAGCUCACCCAGCAGCCGCCGAGCAAAGCAGCGGACUCCGAAGGCCUCUGGCCCCGUACAACGGGGAGAGGGGGAGGUAACAUAUGCAACAAGAAAGAGCCACGGGAGCCUGGCCUCCAGCAGCGAGUCCCUGCGGCCUGACCCCUGCGCCGGAUUCUCGCGCCGACCGUUUGUAUUUGGAACCGCGGGUGGAAGCCCGCCACGCACCGCGGCGAGACCUUCAAAGCCGCCGGCUCUCCGGAGCUCCACGAUUCCUCGCUGCAGAUUCCACACUGCGUUCGUCCAGACCCCCGAGGAGACUGACUCUACUGAGAGCCUUCUCCAAGGCCAGUCCGAUUCCAAGCUGCAGAUUAGAAGUUUGCCUAGUUUUGAUGCUCAGAGUGGCUACGGCUGCGAAGUAAGAAACAGGGAAUCUAUAGCGAAUCGUCAACAACAGGGAUAAAAGUGCUUUUUCUUUAAGGCUCAGACACCCGAACGUCACUUCCGGCAACAAUAGGAAACGUCAAAACUCGGACAGUCGGCAGCUUUGGCUGCUGCAGCUUGAGGUGCGCUGAGUUCGUGGGGAUUCAGUGCUGUUUCUGGGCUUAUCGCCGCCGUCACCUCCAUUGGCGUGAACAAGUAAAGUUUGAACCGACUUCUCCAUGGCCUGGGCGCCAGUUCCAGGCUGAGCCAUUUUCUUUUUGGCGAAAAGCCCCCGUCCAGAGGCCGAUUCGUCGCGGCGGCGGUGGGGAUCGCAGGUCGUUCAGGCUUGCAGAUGGGUCAGGGGCUGUGGAGAGUGGCCAGAAACCAGCAGCUACAGCAGGAAGGCUAUAGCGAACAAGGCUACCUCAGCAGAGAGCAGAGCAGGAGGAUGGCUGCCAGUAACAUUGCUAACACCAGUCAUCGUAAACAAGUCCAAGGAGGCAUUGACAUAUAUCAUCUAUUGAAGGCAAGGAAAUCUAAAGAACAAGAAGGAUUCAUUAAUUUGGAAAUGUUGCCUCCCGAACUAAGCUUCACCAUCUUGUCCUACUUGAAUGCAACUGACCUCUGCUUAGCUUCAUGCGUUUGGCAGGACCUCGCUAACGAUGAACUUCUCUGGCAAGGGUUGUGUAAAUCCACUUGGGGUCACUGUUCCAUAUACAAUAAGAACCCACCUAUAGGGUUUUCUUUUAGAAAAUUGUAUAUGCAGCUGGAUGAAGGCAGCCUCACCUUUAAUGCUAACCCAGAUGAGGGAGUGAACUACUUUAUGUCCAAGGGUAUCCUAGAUGAUUCACCAAAGGAAAUAGCAAAGUUUAUCUUCUGUACAAGAACACUAAAUUGGAAAAAAUUAAGAAUCUAUCUUGACGAAAGGAGAGAUGUCUUGGAUGACCUCGUAACACUGCAUAAUUUUAGAAAUCAAUUCUUGCCCAAUGCACUGAGAGAAUUUUUUCGUCAUAUCCACGCUCCCGAAGAGCGUGGGGAAUAUCUUGAAACUCUUAUAACAAAGUUCUCACAUAGAUUCUGUGCUUGUAACCCUGACUUAAUGAGAGAACUUGGCCUUAGUCCUGAUGCUGUCUAUGUACUGUGCUACUCUUUGAUUCUACUUUCCAUUGACCUCACUAGCCCUCAUGUGAAGAAUAAAAUGUCAAAACGAGAAUUUAUUCGAAAUACCCGUCGUGCUGCUCAAAACAUUAGUGAAGAUUUUGUAGGGCACCUUUAUGACAACAUCUACCUUAUUGGCCAUGUGGCUGCAUAAAAGCACAAUUGUUAGGACUUCAGCUUUUAACUUCAAACUAAAGCUACCCAAGGACCUAUUUAGCAGAUAUGGGGGUGACAUUAGUGCUGGUCAUUCUAGCCUCUGUAUACAAUCAAGCUUGAGUGUACAACCUUGUUUUCUUUUACUAUUUUCUUUUUUUAGUAAUUUCCUUGGGGAACUAAAGAAUUUUGCAGAAUUUUUCUUAAUUUUGCUUAUCAUGUUUUGCACAAACACAGAGCCAUUGUCUGACACAGCUGUCUAAGAAUGUUAAACUGACAUACUCUAAAAGAUGGUAUAUUUGUGCAUUAGAUUUGCCUGAAAAACCUUAUUCAUUUCCAUUCUUUUUUAAAAUACCAUGUAACAUGUACAUAUUUAACUAAAGAGAUUUAUAAUCAUAAUUAUUUUAUUGUAAAGAUUUUAACUAAAGCCUUUCCUUUUUCUCUCAAACCGAGUUCUGAAAUUUAUUUGAUCCUGAUCUGAGAUUAUUACUGUCUUUGUAAAAGUUGGAUAUGACUUUGACAGAAAGCAAUACCAGCUUCUCUUUCUUUUGAACUUUGAAAAGAGUAUUGAUUUGUUACUAUGCAAAAUAGGUGCUUAUUUUUAUAAUAUAAAUUAAUCACUUGACUUCA